UUUAGGGCCACCAUUUGUCCAAGUGGUGGUAACAAUGAUGCUCUCCGGGGAGCCCUUGUGGAUCUUAUGCACCUCAGCUUUAAGUGUGCUCAUGAUGUUAAUGAGGAACGGAACUACACUCUUGAUGUCAUGGACUUCAUCUUCCAUGAGAUCCAUGAUGCCAUGGUCUCCCGGACCACCAUACCUUAUGCACCCUACAUCCAGCUUCUCAUCAACAAUUCUGUGGCUUUGGGUGGUGAAGACUUGAGCGGGUACCCUUUGAUGAAGCACAGUGUCAAGAAGGCUUACAGGCUUAAGCCAGUCUCUUCUGCUGUACCUGCACCUGACUCUUUCAUGGGUGAUGCUCGUUCUAGUGGUUUUGCUCCUGCUCGCCAUCCCGACGUCCCAGCUAUGAGGAAACAAGUGAGCAGGCUUAGUUGGUUUCAGCGUCACAUCCUUUGCAUGAACAUUAAGAUCCAUAAGGAGAACUAUGCGGCCAGCCGAGAGCGUUCUGAGAUUAAGCAUACUCAGGCGGUUAUUCUGCACAAGCUCAGUGGUGAUCAAGGACCCCCGCCUCAGCCUCCAGCUCACCCAGGUUACAGUAGGUGGCAUUCUGCACAGGUUCCGUGGAGUGACCUUGAUGAUUGCCUUCAAAGGUCCAACCUCACUCGCCGCUCUCCGGAUGCCCCUGACACCGAAGAUGAAGAUGAGGAAGCGGCAUACCAGUCCGAUGAUGAAGAUGCCUCCGAGUGAUUCCCAUGGGACGUGUAGCAUCACGCUUGUCCCCUUUUUGGCGUCUCGAUGCCAAAGGGGGAGAAGUGUUCUAUUAGGACUCUCGGGGAUUUGCAUGGUUUGGGCACAAGCAUAUGCGUUUAUCAUUCUUCUAUUGCUUGUGUUCCCUCUUAUUUGAACUAUUUGGCUUGCUUGUGUUCCGUGUAAAACUAUGUGCUAUGUGGUGUGAGACAUUGUUAUGGUUUUCGGAUUUCUAUUUGUUGAGAUCAAGGCUAUUAUAUUAUCGGUGAUGCUAUAUCUCCGUAUUAUAUAUCUACACAUGGGUAUGAUUUCUCGCAUCCUAUCUCAACUUCAUAUUUGUCUAUGUCUCUUGUUAGAGCUCAUGUUGGAUACCUCUUGUGUUGAGGCACCUCGCUCCUAUGUGUUGUGUAUUUGUAUUCAAAUGCAAAUUACUUAUAUGCACACAUGUAGGGGGAGUGCCUCUAUGUUUUGCCAUCAUGCUUGUCUCUAUAGUGAUUCUCUUGCAAAUCCGUAUAUUGUCAUCAAACACCAAAAAGGGGGAGAUUGAAAGAACAUCUCUCACAUUAUGUUUUGUGUGUUUGAUGUCAAUGUAUAUGAUACACUAAUGUGUGUUUAAGUGGUACAGGGAUCAUAUAGAUACAUUUAUAUGUGUGUUGGAUGUGGUCAGUUCUGUCAAAUAGAAACUGCAAAAAGUUCAUCAGGCCGGAUAAUCCGGGCCGGAUAUUUUGGAAAUAUCCGGCCCCCAGUUUUCUGCUAAGGAUUCGAAGAAAAACAAGUCAGUAUAGGGGCCGGACAUUUGCCCGGAUAUUGUCCCGGUUUUUGUCCCAAGGCCGGAAUAUCCGGGCCGGACAUUUCGGAAAUAUCCGGCCCCCUCGUUUUUGGCUAAGGACCUGAAGAAAAACAAGUCUGGUGGGGAUUAUCCGGCCCUUACUUAGGCCGGAAUAUCCGCCCCCGGAAGCAGCAACGGCUCGUUUUCUGGGGGGGUAUAAAUACCCGCCUUCUUCUACCUUGCUUGCUCAAUCAUUGCACAAGAAAUCUGCCAAGCCUCACCUCCAUUAGAGCCACCUCAAGAAACUCAAGAUUUGCAAGAUCUCCUUCCUCCCCCAACCAAAGCUCUUGAUCUUUGGAGAUUCGAAGGAGAAGACACCGAUCUACAUCCUCACCGAAGCGUUUCUCUUUUCCCCCUCUCUUGUUUGAGGGAUCUCAUGCUAGUGUUCCUAUUUGGUUCUCUAGUUGAUUUGUGUUGAAGUGUUAUUGUUGAUUGUUGUAUUGUUACAGAUUUGGGAGCCUCCAAUUCAGUUGUGGAUGUGUGCCCCAAGAACCUUGUAAAGGCCCGGUUUCCGCCUCGAGGAAAUCCCUUAGUGGAAGUGGGCUAGGCCUUCGUGGCGUUGCUCACCGGAGAUUUGAGUGAAGCCUUCGUGGCUGUUGGUUUGGCUUUCGUAGCAACCACACUCCUCCAAACGUAGACGUACCUUCUUGAAAAGGAAGGGAACUACGGGAAUCAUCUCCGUGUCAUCGCGUGCUCCACUCUCGGUUACCUCUAUCCUAUUCUAUCUCUUAUAUUGCUUAGACAUAUCUUGCUUAGUUGAUUGCCUUGUCAUAUAGGUAAAUUCACUUAGUUGCAUAUCUAGAGAAUUUACCUUUGUGUCAAGCCUAAAUUGAAAAAGAACUAAAAAUUGGUUAGCACCUAUUCACCCCCCCCCCUCUAGGUGCGGCAUACGAUCCUUUCACUUUCCCGUGUCAACUUUGUCGACACAUCGGAUUAACUACGCCGUCCCUAGAGCAUCCCAUGUUUCCGAUGUUGACUUCAAGUUUGUUAUGAAGCACGACAGAAGCAAGUUGACACUCAUGCCCCAUACAUAUGGUGCACGCCCAGUAAGUUUUUCCAUAUUACAACUCAUAAUGCAUUUUCCAAUCACAUGGCACCAUAUGUAAUCAUGUUUACACGAUAUUUUGUAGUUCCGUCCAUUCCACGCCACCCCAUACGCUACUGUGAAUGCUAUAUUGGAAAAUCAAGCACCACAACCACACAUUUUACCACACCUUCCAGUGCCAAACUCCAACCAUGUUUCCCAGGAUGCAACUCAUAAUCCCACAACACGGAACAAUAAUUUCCCAGAGGUACAUUGCAUCUUAAUUCUGCUGCCCCGUAUCAUUUUUUUCAAUCCUUAACCCCAUCAAGAAUCUCUCCCACACUGUACAAGAGCUCCCGGAUCUCCCGGAUUACAUCAGGACUAUCUAUGAGAAGCACACUAAAUUAUGGCUGAAAGAUGUUGAAAGGAUAGCAACAAGGUUCACAAAACUUCAUGGCAAGCGCAUGGCCGAGUACGCUUCUGAAGUGUAUGCAGCUUUCACCAAUAGCACAACACCAGCACAUGGGUCUCCGCAGACUUGUGCGUCCACACCUAUGGAGUCGCCGACUAGAUCAUCCACUCAUAUAAUCGGAGCACAUAGAGAUGAAAAUCCUGGACAAGUCAAUGAAGAUGUGGAUAAUUAUGAUCCUCUUUGCUCCAAUCAAACACCAAGUCCUCAAUUUUGGGAGGAAGCCACUAGGAUUGCAGCUGAGGUAGAGAAAAGUGCAGCCAAAAUAUCACAUAUGAAGGAACCAUCCGCUUCUACCCAUGCGCGUACAGAAGGUCAAGAAAUCCCUGAAACAGCUGCACCACGUCACCCCGGCCAUGACAUUGAGUGUCCUUCUUUCGACCUUUUGCCAGCUGGUGAAACUUGGACCCAACAUCUUGCAACCAACAAUCAAGCUACCCCUGGAGCCGUUGCCAACAGAUCGACUACCACCGGAGGACCAUCAAAGACCACAUCAGGUACUGCAAAUGUUGAGACACAUCCUACUGCCGAUGGAAACACUAGCGGUACUGAGCCAGCAACCGGAAUACCACUUGAUGUUGCUUCUGAAGCAGUCACAAAUGUUGCUUCUGAAGCACCAAUUGUUGAUGCUGGCAAUGAUUCGUCUCCAUGCUUCCCAGAUUCUAAUCAACCUCUAACAAAUGAAGGUGGCCAAUAUUCACCUUCAGUUGCAUGCACUAUUGGCACCCAAACUCAAGACAAGAAAAACAGGAAAAAGAGAGCUUUCCUAGACCGUAAUAAUGAUGCAAAUCACAAGAAGCUCAAGAAGCUCAAGAAUACUGAUAAAUCAAAGGAAGCAUAUGACACAUAUAUUCUCCGAAGGUGCAUAAGGAAGCCCGUUGACAACGAAGAGAGGCCACCAUUUGUCGAUUUUGGAGAAUAUCAUGUCACAUAUGAAGAAUUCCGCGAAGCUCUCAAAUCUCGUGGUAAAAUUGACAAAAAUGUCAUGGAGCUUUUCAUUAGACACUUCAACGUGGUGACCAACAUCGCUACAACGAGCGAGCCUAUGUGCACAAAAUUUGCAUUCUCACAGUCAUUGACUACCAAGCUCGGCGUCCGCGAGGAUAAAUUUGACCCCCAACCUUGCCUCAAAGAAUUUCAACAAGUUCACAAAGAUCAUCAACUCAAAUCAAAGGAUAUGGUACCUUCUGCUCAUUCUCAAUCCUUUUGUGUCAUCCUAAAAUGUUUUGCGUUUCUAACAUUUUUUAGCUUGAUUAAGCUUCUGAAACGAGCUUCAUUCUUUUUGGUUUCCUCACAACUGUACUUUGUUAUUGUGGACAAUGAACAUUGGGUCCUACUGUGCAUCAACCUACUUCUCAAACAAGUCAAUGUACUCGACUCUAUGAUUCCUAGGAAGAAAGCAAGAGUCUAUGACAGAGCACAUUUCCUGGUCAACAAUUUUAUCACACUUGCAUCCUUUGCCAACACAUUCCCUAAAACGAACUUCAGCCAGUUCGUUUGGAACAAUCCUCAGGAACUACGGCAGCAGACCACCUUAUUUGACUGCGGAAUCUUUGUAAUGGUAUUCAUGAAACAAUGGGACGGCAAGAUAAUGAAGCCUUUCAACCAGGACAUUAUUGACCUUCGCAUGGUGAUAGCCUACAUGAUCCUCAAAUCGGAUUUGAACAAAGUUGAUCCUACUUGGGUCCUCAAGAAGAAAUAAAUCCAAAUGCUUCCUGUCGGAUAUUUCAUGGAAGCACUUCAAGUUUACAAUCGAUGAAUGUUUUUUUGCUCUUUUCACUUAUUCCUUGUUAAGACUAUGAUCUGUCUUUCACGACAAUCAUCUACUUAUGCCACCGAACUGUAAUAAUUUCAUGCCAACCUCUGAAUGAUGUCAUACAAAUUGUCGAA